AUGGGGAUCCGCAAAAAGACCAACAAGAACCCGCCGGUGUUGAGUCAUGAGUUUGUCAUCCAGAACCAUGCAGAUAUUGUUUCCUGUGUUGCUAUGGUGUUCCUCCUCGGGUUGAUGUUUGAGGUAAGGCUAGUCCACAGGUUGGAAGGGGUCUGGGAUGCAAUAAGACCUAGCUUUCCAAACAGGCCCUACUGAGCCUAGUACAAGGUACAAAGCCUAGCUACAAUGUGUCAACUGGCCUGGGGGGGGAGAUGAUUUCGUUCCGUCACGUCAGUCUCUUGAAAAUGGACAGGGCUGAUCUACUCGUCCUCCUCUAGUGACAAAUCCAAAGUUUCUCUGCUUUUUUAGGUUGUCCUUGUUGUAAUAUUCAAGUAAAUGGUAAUUGCAUAAGUGUCUUUUUGAUUUGAAAAGGCGUGUAGUAGCCUAGUUAUAGAUUUAAAACUGACCCCCCCAUCCCUGCCGGGUUCCCUAUUGUUCCUGUCGAGUCUGGCCACUUGGACAUUUGAAUAACUUUGUCUACGUCGCAUUACACGCAUCAUUGCAAUAUUUGGGGCAACAAUGUAACCUAACUGGAACUAGCGUUACAUAUGGAUUGGUACAUUUAGCGACCACAAUGUUGCAAUUUCUCUGGAUACAAUAUUGUGCUAGACUGUCCAGCAUGGAUACUUUUUAUUCGCAGAUAAAGUGUAGGCUACGUGGCAAUCACUGGGCGAUUGUAAGCGCUGUCAUCGUUUAUAGGUAGCACCGCUCGUUCGAAAAACGAGUUAGAUUCAGAAAGUCCUAAGCAUCGCCUAUUCAGUUUACAAAUUGAACAGCUUAGGUUUUAAAAACAUAUAUAUAUAAUUUUUUAUUUAUUUAUUGUUGGUUUACACUGACUUCUUUUUUGCCUUCAUGUUUUGCCUACAUGAAGUAUCCUUUACUAAUGCUGCGUUAAUGUAGUAGUUGGAACUAGGAAACUCGAACAUUUGAACCGCUAACUGGUUGCAGUUAAACACGUGUUGCGUUCAGACAUCUAGGAAGUCGUACAUUUCCGAGUUCCCUAGUUCCGACUGGACGUGAACGCAACAUAAAAUUCAGCGCCAGCAUUGAGUUGAGGAGACGCAUUAUGGGAGUUUGAGUUCUUGUGCCUUGAUGUGCUGUAGUCACAUUGAUGAUGCACAUCUAAAAUAAAUAACCUACUGUAUUCCAGAACGGAGUUCUACAAAUGUAUAGUUAUGAAUCAGUCUUGCCAUAUUUAUAUAGCUUUAUGAAAUCCAAAUCCCCGGUUUUCAAUUCAAUCUUAUCUGUAGUAUUGGAUUGAAUGGUUUGCACACUCAACAUGUGUUUCUGUCUGAUACUUUGUGGUCUAGUCAGUAAAUCUACAAUGCUACCUGGUUUAUUUAACACCGCAGUAGGCUACCCACAGAAAGGCCAGAAAGCUAAUGAGAAAAUCAUGCUGUGGUUUGCUUUUAGUCAAUAACUCAGAAACAAGCCUCUGGAUGUGUCUCAAAUGGCACCCUAUUCCCUAUAUAGUGCACUACUUUUGACCAGAGCCAGGCUAAGUAGUGCACUAUAUAGGGAAUAGGGUGCGAUUUGGGACUGAACCCCGUGUUUCAUGUCUUUAAUUAAUCCUCUCCCUUGUCCCCUCUGUGAUGCAGGUCACCUCGAAGGUUGCAGUGCUGUUCAUCACUGUCCAAUACAACGUUACCAUCUCAGCAAAUGGUGAGUUUAACUUCUUAGUGGCCCCAUCUGAACUUUUAUCAUUUUUUUCACUGGGUCAAACAGUGAUGCUCAAAAAGAUGAGGAUCCGGUAUGGAGGUUGUAUCAACUACCUCUUUUGCUUUUGUAACUUUUUGUUGUUGUUCUUGUGACAUUUUAUUUUGAAUGAAUGACAAGACAACAAUUGCCUCAUGCCAUCUUCCUUUCUCGUCCACCUUUUCUUUAGUGUGUGUGUGUGUGUGGAACUAGUUUGCCUGUUAUCAAGUAUAGAAACUUUAACUAUGACUAGAAUCUACAGACUAGUUGUAGAAUCAGAAGGCUUCUCCUGUGUGUUAGAGAAUAGAAGUACUCGUAUGGUCUACCAGUUGCCUAACACCUUCUUUCAGAGCUUUAUUUUUUUUCCCUUUGGCACUAUAUUUAGUCUUCCUGAUUUGAUAAAGUUCUCCUUUUAGGUUGUCCUGGAACGAUUGGGGCUAGAGUGUAACACAAGCCACGGCAUCGGAGUCUUGUCUGAGUCCCAAAUGGUGCCCUAUUCCCUAUAUAGCGCACUACUUUUGGACCAGGGCCCGUAGGGUAGUGUACUACAUAGGGAAUAGGGUACCAUUUGGGAUGCAGUCCUUGCCUCAUCUCAAGGUGAAUUCAUGGUAUUCUACACACUCGUGCUACACUCUUCUUACCAGUGGAUAGUGCUGAGCGCUUAACCAACAUUUUUGUUAUUUUUCUUUUUUUUUUAACAACUAACUGACCAACGUUGGUUCAAUUAUUUGAAUUCUAUUUUUUAAAACAUUUUUUUUUACUGUAACCUUAAUGCGCCGUUUUCUCUAGAGAGAAAUCAGAUCAAGUACGAACUGUGUGAUGUUGUAGUUUCCAACAGGCCAAUAUUCUACAUAGUUUAGUGCAGAAAAUGUUCUAAUGAACUACAAUGACCAUAAUCCAUUGCGCGCCUACUUGUCCGGUCAAGUUUGUGGGGCAGACACAGAGGGAGAGAAGAACGCGCGAUCGAGAGAGCAGUUGUUGCUUCGCGAGGUAUCUCUACCCGACAAUACAUUAUCUAAGUGAUUGAUAGCUGGUAUUCAGUAGUCAUAAAAGUAUGCCUUAUUUACUUUAAAGAACUAAUAAAAAAGUGAUUUUGUCAGACAACAUAGGCAGCAGGUUCUAUAGUCAGCUAAUAUAAAGGAUGACUCAUUGGGGAGCACAGAGACGGAAGGCUGGCUGGCUCCUACUGCAUGAGAACAGAGAUGGAAGGCUGCUGGCUGGCUCCUCUGCAUGAGACCAGCGAUGUAAGUCUGCCUGGCUGGAUAACUGCAUUAGAACAGAGACUGAAGGCUGGCUUGCUGCUACUGCAUGGAACAGAGAUGGAAGGCCGGCUGCUGCUACGGCAAUGAAACAAGAUGGAAGGCUGGCUGGCUGCUACUGCAUGAGAACAGAGAUGGAAGGCUGGCUGGCUGGCUGCUACUGCAUGAGAACAGAGAUGGAAGGCUGGCUGCUGGCUGCUAACUGCAUGAGAACAGAGAGGGAAGGCUGGCUGGCUGCUCUUGCAUGAAACAGAGAUGGAAUGCUGGGCUGGCUGCUUACUACUGCAUGAGAACAUAGGAUGGAAGGCUGGCUGGCUGGCUGCUUAUACUGCAUGAGAACAGAGACGGGAGGUGGCUGGCUGGCUGCUACUGCAUGAUAACAGAGAUGGAGGCUUGGCUGGCUGCUACUGCAUUAGAACAGAGAUUGGAAUGCUGCUGGCUGGCUGCUACUGCAUGGAAGAACAAGAGAUGGGGAAGGCUGGCUGGCUGGCUGCUACUGCAUGAGAACAGAGAUGGAAGGACUGGCUGGCUGCUACUGCAUGAGAACAGAGACGGAAGGCUGGCUGGCUGCUACUGCAUGAGAACAGAGAUGGAAGGCUGGCUGGCUGCUACUGCAUGAGAACAGAGAUGGAAGGCUGGCUGGCUGCUACUGCAUGAGAACAGAGAUGGAAGGCUGGCUGGCUGCUACUGCAUGAGAACAGAGAUGACAUAAUGACUUGGAAUAAAAUAAUGGUCAUCAAAUAAAACUGAAAUAUCUUAGUAAAGUAAUGUGAAUGAAUGAUGGUUAAUAAGUGAUAAGUAAUGUGAAUGAAUGAUGGUUAAUAAGUGAUAAGCAGUAAUGGGCAGUCACUACCAUCAGGGGACUUUUACUGUUUUACUCUGUGUUACAGCAUUUGACCUAUCAAAUAAAUAAAAACAGAAACCGAUAAUUAAAAAGUAAAAACAAACUGACCUAAAAAAAACAAACAGACUCUCAGCAUUACCAGUGUAGCGCCUUACUCAUUUAUCCUAUAACUUACUGCUCUAUUUUCUUCAUUUAAAGUCUAACGUGCUGACGGAAUGUGCUUUAUGAUGUCGGAUUUUAUUUGAAGAGCUGAUGUUCUUAUCAGAGUCGAGUUGCGUCCAAAAUACCACCCUGUUCCCAACAGUGCACUACUUUUGGGACGCAGGUUCAGUUUACAGUGCUCACAAGCCCUCUGUCAUUCAUUAACAGGCUGAUAUUUGUUGAAGCUAAAUGACUACAGUAGCAGGUCAGGACUUUGGGAGGGAAGUUGACUAAACCUUGUUGCUUAUAAAGGCUUCGUAAAGCAAAUGUGUUUAAAAAGUGGGACCUCAGUAUAAUUGCGACGAUGCAUCUCUUCCAUCAGAGGGUCCAGAAGAGACUGUUUUUGAACAACUUCUUAUAAAUGAUAUACAGUAUAAGGCAUCUAUGAAGGGUUAUAAAGGGUUUAUUAAGGCUUAAUAAAUGUUUCAUGUGUCUCCCUACCAGAGGAGAGUGUAGUGAACCACUUCCACCAUGGUCCACGGGGCGGCAGGUAGCUUAGUGGUUAAGAGCGUUGUGCCAGUAACCGAAAGGUCGCUGGUUCUAAUCCCCGAGUCGACUAGGUGAAAAAUCUGUCUGUGCCCUUGAGCAAGGCACUUAACCCUGAUUGCUCCUGUAAAUCGCUCUGGAUAAGAGCGUCUGCUAAAUGACUAAAAAUGUAAAUGUCAAAUGGUCUGAAGGAUCUGCCUACAGUCCUGAGCCCUGAGGCUGCCUGCUAGCAAGGCAUCUCAUUACAUUCUAGAUGGCAGUGACGUUCUAUUUACUACAUUAAAAACAUUGGGGCAGUAACAUAAAGGCUUUAUGAAGGCUUUUAUAAAGGGAUUAUUAAUGCUUAGGUCUCCCUAUCAGAGGGCCUGCCAGAGGAGAGCGGAGUGAACCACUUCCACCACGGUCUGAAGGAUCUGGCUACAGUGUUCUUCUACAUGAUGGUCGCCAUCAUCAUGCACGCCAUCAUCCAGGAGUAUGUACUGGACGUAAGUAGUGACACCCACCCAGACACUUCCUAUGUUUUUCUGUACAUUUGAUAUGUUAUUAUAGUCUUAUUUGCUCGUUGAUAAAAAAUAAUUUAAAUAAGUCAGACAACCACCGAUCAGUUUGAUAUUCUGACAGCAUAAUUGAUCAUCCGACACUGAUAAUCACUGAUCAGUUUGACCUCGAUUGACUCUUCUCAUGUGUCCUUAUAUACAGAAGAUCAACCGGAAAAUGCACUUCUCUAAGACCAAGCACAGCAAGUUCAACGAGUCGGCCACUCCCGCCUUUUAA